CCUCGCUUGCGCAGCGCGGGGCGGCUGCUGAUUGGAUGGCGCGGGGAGGAGACUCGCCGUUCUCGCGCCCCGGGGCGUCGUGCGCAGGCGCGAAGACUUUCAACGGUUUCCCGCUGAAGCGCCAGCUGUGUGGUUUCGCUUUCUGUUAUUGAGCGCUAGAAAUUUGCCAGAAUUCUGAUGAAAUAUUUCCAAAAGAAUUUCUGUAAGCACAGAGGCCAAUAUGUCAAAGAGAAAAGAGAGAAGCUUUUCAACAUCAUCAUCUGAAAAAAGACCUAGGCAAGCAACACUUGAUUCUGAUGAUGACCCUAACGAAGAGGAGUUGUCACAGCUACAGAGUGACAGCGGUUACUAUUCACAGUCGGUGUCGGGAGAAGUUGGAAUAAUCGAAAGUAUCCAGCUGAAGAAUUUCAUGUGCCAUUCAAUGCUGGGCCCCUUCAAAUUUGGACCCAAUGUCAAUUUUAUAGUUGGAAAUAAUGGAAGUGGGAAGAGUGCUGUGUUAACGGCCCUUAUGGUUGGUCUUGGAGGAAAAGCUACAGUGACAAAUCGAGGAACAUCUUUGAAAGUAUUUGUGAAAGAUGGACAGAGUUCUGCAGAUGUUUCAAUCACGCUGCGAAACAGAGGUGAAGAUGCAUUUAAACCACAACAGUAUGGUGACUCUAUCACCAUCAAUCAACGCAUAAACUUGGAAGGACAUCGUAAUUACAAACUGAAAAGCAGCACAGGUGCCAUAAUUUCGUCCAAGAAGGAAGAACUUAUUGCCAUCCUAGAUCACUUUAAUAUCCAGGUGGAUAAUCCUGUAUCUAUACUCACUCAGGAAAUGAGCAAACAGUUCUUGCAAUCUAAAAAUGAAGGUGACAAAUACAAGUUCUUUAUGAAGGCAACACAGUUGGAGCAGAUGAAACAAGAUUAUGCGUACAUUAUGGAAACCAAAGCAAGAACUCAUGAUCAGAUUGAACAAGGAGCAAAGUUUCUUGAAGAACUUCGGGAGCGUUAUUUGGAGAAGGAGGAUCGUUACAAAAGUAUUGCUUUUGUGAGUGAAAUGCAGAAUGAGCUGAAGAAGUUACAGCACCAAAUAGCUUGGGCAAUGGUGAGAGACACUGAAAAAGAAGUUAAAACACUCAGAGAUGAUGUUGGUGCUCUAGAAGCAAGAACUGGAAAAUUUGUUGAGAAAGUGAAAGAAUGGCAGACUAAGGUAAAAGAUGCAGAAGGAAAACACAGAACUAUGCAAGACAAGCUAGAGAAGAUAACGGAAGAAGCUCAGGCAUUAGAACCGUCAUGUGCUGCUUUGAAAGCAGACAUUGUAUCUAAAAGAAGAGCAAAGAAUGAUGCAGAGGCAGCAUAUAAUCGGUCUCAAAAUGAAUUGAAACGCUUGGCGAAAGACCAUGAACAGCUUUGCAAAAAAAUUGAGGAACUAAAGACCAGUGCUGAACAAAUUUCGGAGCCUGAAACGUUGGCAAAACAAGCAAGAAUUGAACGAGCAGCUAAGGAAGAGCAGUUAAGGACACUUCGUGAUCAAGAAGAAUCAAAUGAUAACCAAAUAAAGCAGUUUCAAGAGGCUAUAAAAACAUACAAGGAAGAGGCUGCAAGGCUUAAGAAGGAAGAAUUGGAACUGAAGCAAAUAUUGGAUUCUCAGCAACGACAGCUAAAAGAGUUGAAGGAGAGUAAAACAAAUCAACUGAAAAGAUUUGGACACUAUAUGCCAGACCUUUGUGAAGCAGUUGAAAGGGCUCACCAGCAGGGACAGUUUAAAUACAAACCAUUGGGACCCAUAGGUGCUUUUAUUCAUCUGAAAGAUCCUGAUUUUGCGCUGGCUAUUGAGACAUGUUUAAAAGGCUUGAUCUGGGCAUUUUGCUGUGAUAAUCAUAAAGACGAAAGAACUUUACAGGUGUUAAUGUCCAGAUUCUGUCAACCUGGUUUACGUCCUCAAAUCAUCGUUAGUUCUUUCCAAAAUAAGGUUUAUGAUGUAAGCCAAAGGACCGUUGUUCAUCCUGAAUUCCCAACAGUCUUGGCUGCAUUAGACAUCGAUAAUGCAGUAAUAUCCAAUUGCUUAAUUGACAUGCGGCGUAUAGAAACAGUCCUGUUAAUCAAAAAUAAUGAGGAAGCUCGUAGAAUUAUGCAUCGAAACAAUCUUCCGAAAAAUUGUAAAGAAGCUUUCACUGGUGAUGGUGAUCAGGUGUUGCCGAGACAAUAUUAUUCUUGUGAAAAUAAAAGGCCCCGCAUCCUCAGCAAAGAUGUGGAGGCAGACAUAAGUCACUUGGAGAAAGAAGUUGGAAACAAAAAAACCCAUCUGUCAGUAUUUCAACAACGUAUACGUUCUACUGAGAAUUCUAUAAGAGAAAAUGAACAUUUCCUUAAAACUCAUCGUCUGGACCAAGAACAAUUAAAAAUAAAAGUGAAAAAAAUAAAGCUAGCUAUUAUGGAUCUCGAGAACGUAGAGGAACAGCAGUCAGAUAUCAUCUCUACAUUAGAAGAAGAAGCUCAAGAUAACAAGAGGAAGAUGGAAACUGUGGAGGAGCACAUGCGUCAGCAGAAAAAGAAAAUGGAAGAUGAGAAAUGUAUUCUAAAAGAGGCAGAACAAAAAUUAGAAGUGAUUAGAAACAAAAUCCAUCAAGUAGAAGAAGAAGCUGGCCCAGUCCGGGAUGGACUACAUGAGGUGGAUGAAGAACUGGAGCAAAGUAAAAGCCAUUUGCAGCAUUAUGAGGAAAAGGAAAAAUCCCAUUUAGGAACUAUAAAAACACAUAAAAAUAAUCUAGCUACAAGAGAGAAAGAAUUAAUGGAAAUGAUUGCAAAGGCUUCAGAAAUCCAUCCCGAGCGAAUAGAAGUAAAUAGAACAUAUAAGAGUCUUGAUACAGAAAUAAACCGAUUAAGAGAAAAGAUCAAUUCAGAAAGAAAACGUACUGGAGAUAGAGAAGAAAUAAUCAGAGAGCUUCAGGAAGCAAAAGAAAAAUAUCAGACAGCAGGGAGCGAAGUCAAGAAUUUGAAGAAAUUUAUUAAACUGUUGGAUGAGAUGAUGGUUGAGAGAUAUAAAACAUACCAGAGGUUUAGAAGGUUAGUUACAGUGAGAUGCAAAUACUACUUCAACUGUUUGUUAAGUCAGCGAUCAUACUCUGGAAAAAUUGAGUUUGACCACAAGAAUGAAAAGCUUUCAAUUACUGUCCAGCCUGGGGAGGGAAACAAGGCUGCUUUAGAUGACAUGAAAUCUUUAUCUGGAGGUGAACGUUCCUUUUCAACAGUUUGUUUCAUCCUUUCUCUGUGGUCUAUUGCUGAAUCUCCUUUCAGAUGCUUGGACGAAUUUGAUGUCUUUAUGGACAUGGUUAACAGGCGAAUUGCAAUGGAUAUGAUGCUUAAGAUGGCAGAUUCUCAACGUUACCGGCAGUUUGUUUUGCUCACCCCACAGAAUAUGAGCACCUUGCCCACGAGUCGUCUCAUUCGAAUCCUUCGAAUGCAAGACCCCGAGAGGGGACAGAACAAACUGACUUUCCGUCAUAGAGGAGAUGAAGAUGAGGAUGAAGAAUGAGUGCCUUAAUCAUGUACAUUGCUCUUUAUCAGCUUGCUUUAUGCAACAUUUGUAGGGAUUUAACAUCUCAGUUCAGCAUGUGCUCAUGCCCUGCUGAAAUCAAUGAGACUUGCACCUUUAAUUAUGUCUGUAAGAUGCAUUUGUGGACUUGGGCCUUUUGUCCUUACUGCAGCUUGCAGUGCUCAACAUCAAAACUGGAGUUUAUACUUGGGAGCAUCAAAAGGCAUUUUGGUGAUGGAAAUGUUGCAAUAUACAUGCAUCUCUUGUACAAGUGGCUCCUCUGCAUUGCAGUCACUUUUUGUUAGAAUAGAAAUGGAUUACUUGGGGAAUGACAGCCAUGGUACUAUUUUUGCUCUAUUUUACAAAAUAAAAGUUUGAGAGCGAGUGCAGUGUGAACACCUUGUAUAUUUUUCCUGGCACUAAGGAGUGUUCCCUGUUGAUUAGACAGCACCAUCUAUGCUGUGGAGAUCCCACAAUGCUGAUUUUAAACAAUCGGGACCAGCAAGACAUGAUAAGCAUAUGGUGGUCAGGGGUGGCUGCCUCUGUAAUUUUGUGCACUCUGAAACACGUCCCUUCCCCCAAAUAGCAGAUAAUUUGUGAUUGAUGCCCCCAGCACUCUGAAAAUUCAAAAUGUCCAGAGAGGUUGUCUUGGUGACUUCUGGAUUAGACAGCUUCUUGAACACAGAAGAACUGAAUGUUUUGUCCAAUUUCUAGUUCAGUUGCCUUAGCCAUCUGGUUCUUUGUCAAAUUUUGCAGCAUAGAUUUCUUAACCAAUGCUAUUUUUGGGGGGGCUUCAUAAAACAAUACAUUUUAUGAAUAUUUCACCCAUGUCUAAAAUUUUCAUUACUAAAAAAUAGCGUUUUGAUGCUAUCAAAUUCUUUUUCUUUUUUUCUGCAUUAAGGAAAGCUGAUUUUAAUUUCUCACUUUUAAACUUGAUGAAAUUUAUAAUCUGGUGUACUCUGCCCUACCCCCACAAAAGUUUUGCACUACCUAUAAAUAGGAUUUUUAGCUUAAAACCCAGUUUUGAAGAGGAUUAUAUAUCUUAAAAGUCUCGAAUUGACAACAUGAUAUGCUUAACAGAUUCUGAGAGAAGAAAUGGGGGCAAGCAGGUCACCAGAUCUCAAUGGGUUGUCAGCCGAGUAUUAUAAAAUUUAGCUGUGUUUAAGACUGAUUGAUGGAAGAAUUCCUAAAUCAUGAAAGCUCAUCUGUCCUCUGAGUAAUGUUACGGCAUUCAAUUUAGUCACAAAUAAUCUGGAAGCAAGUGAGCAGCAGUGUGGCCCAGUUUGCAGAAAGCAACCAAUUAUUCAGGAUGUUAAGAAUCCAAGCAGAUUGCCAGAAGCUCCAAGCUGACCAAAAGCACAAAUUUUAUGCUGGGGAUUAAGAAAGGAAUGGGACAAAACUGCCAGUAUACCGUAAUGCUUUUGGAUAAAUCCAUGGUGUAGCCAUAUCUGGAAUAAAUCGCAGCUAUGACCACAUGGGUAUCAGCUGUCACGGCUAAAUGAAAUCUUUUUGUAAACCGCUAUGUAAAAAAAAGCAAAACUCAGUCGAGUGGUGUAUAAAUUUUAUGAAAUAAAAUGGGAGUUGUAUUCCAACAGCAUAUGGAGGGCUGCUGUUUUUGUUGGGUAAUGUGACGAUGGCAAUGUUUCUGCUGGGUGAUGUGAGAGGAUGAUGAUGGCUGAACAUGUUGCUAAAGGCUGUGGUGACACUUCAAAAAUAGGCUGUGGUGAAGUGCUGAGACUCUAGCUGCAUGGGAACUUGAAUGUGUACAAUCUGCCAGCUAAAAAUCCAGUCUCCUAAGCCCUUUGAUGUUUUUGUGGCUCAGGGAUAACUUACUUCAUAUGAACCAGCUGUUUAAUCAAAAAGUUUCCUCCCUGAUGCUCCACUUUUGAGUUUUCCAGAAAACUUGCUUUAUUGACACAAGCUCCUGCUAAUUUCCACAAUAAAGCAGCAAAAGUCCCCCUUUGCUGCUGUAGGCAGAAUCUUCCUCAAGCUUUCUGUUCCUUUCUGCCAGGAUAAGGCUCUAACAUGAAGGUUGACAGUAUUUUUGCCAUGACAGUAUGGGCAAGUGGCAUUUGUUGUAAUAGCAAACGUCUGAGUCUAUUGAAGGUUGUGUUCGUUUGCUGAUUAUUCUGACUUUUUUUUCUUCAUGGUGUGAAAUUAUUCCCAUGGCAUUUUAAGGAUUUAAAUUAUCUACUGCCGCAGGCCACAUCUUUAAAUUAUCUGCUGCUGGCAGCCAUUGUGAACCCUGCUUGAAACUCUAGAAGCGUGGUCUAUUUUAAUUCAGAAGGAUUUGUUCUAUUGGUAGCAAUUUGAAGGCAUUUGUUGAUAAUAUUAAGUGCAUGGCAUAGUUCCUGCACACUGUUUUAUUUAGGGGAAUUUUGACAGGUACACUCUCUGGAAAGAAUUGCAGACAAGUUUUUUUUUAAAAUUUUUUUUGUUAUUUAUACCCCGCCCAUCUGGCUGGGUUUCCCCAGCCACUCUGGGCGGCUUCCAACAGAAAUAUGUUUUACUUCAAAAUAGUUGUACUUUGUUAAAUCACUUCCUGGAAUGGAUUUGGGGUGGGCAGAGGAUCCCUUCCCUAAAAUUGCCUGGUUGUAACUCACAGGUUCCU